GAUCAACUGCGGCAGAAAAGUGAGGUGAGCAGCGUGCAUGGCUCCGGCGAGUUAUGGGUUUCUCUUCGUUAACAAGGUUUAACUCAGUGACUGUAAGACUUUUAGGCAACAAAAAAUUAUUUCUGUGUAUCUUACCUUCAGUGAGGUGUGUGCAUUUAUUCCCUUCAUUUUUAAUGAAGCGACAUCUGGAACUCUCACCCACCUCUUUCCUGAGCAGAAUAGAAUGUAUCAAAUGAACAAACUUUUUAUAGGCAAACAUCUCAGUUUCCUGCAAGUGUGUCGCAGUUUAUGAAAAUGGUAAAUAUUUUACAAACACACAGAUGGCGGUGGCACUGGUUUAUACACAGAUCAUCCAGACAGACAGCUUCAAGGUUAAAACAGUUCUCAACAUGCUCAAGACUCCAACAGACACCUGUAGCUCAAGUACCACACAUGCCUGGUACUUUUGUUGACAUAGAUCCUUUUAAAUUAGCUGAACCUGAUCUCACAAAUCUAUAUUCCGAUAUAAGAAAGGAACUCUGGACAAAAAGCCCUCAUCUACAACAAAUAUCUAGCUACUAUUUUGAUGGUCAAGGAAAGGCAUUCCGUCCUGUAAUGGUUGUACUGUUAGCUAGAGCUCUGAAUUAUCAUAUCUUUGAAUCUAAUAGACUUUUAGAAACACAGCAUCGAAUGGCCAUUAUAGCUGAAAUGAUUCAUACAGCUAGUUUGGUACAUGACGAUGUUAUUGACACAUCAGAUACAAGAAGAGGAAAAUCCAGUGUAAAUGUUUUAUGGGGUCAGAAAAAGGCUAUAUUAGCUGGUGACUUCAUAUUAGCCCAGGCUGCACGAAUCCUUGCGCAGUUAAAUAAUGAAGAGGUAGUUCAUCUUUUAGCGCAGGUUCUUUUAGAUCUUGUGCAAGGUGAAUUUAUGCAAAUGAGCUCUACAGAAGAUGAAUCAGAAAGAUUUUCUAAUUACCUCCAAAAAACUUUUAAAAAGACUGCCAGUCUAACAGCAUACACGUGUAAAGCAGCUGCUGUCUUAGGUGGUGCUGAUAAGACUUUACAAGAAACAGCUUUUCAGUAUGGAAGAAAUGUUGGCAUUGCUUUUCAGUUAAUUGACGAUUUAUUAGAUUUCAUAUCCAGUCAGUCGGAGUUGGGUAAACCAGCAGCUGCAGAUUUGAGACUUGGACUAGCAACAGCUCCAGUACUAUAUGCCAGUCAGAAGUAUCCAGAAUUAAAACCACUGAUUUUGAGAGGUUUUUCCAAUCUUGGAGAUGUAGAAAAGGCAUAUGAAGCAGUAUUAAAGAGUGAUGGACUUCCUCGUACAAAGCUCCUUGCAGAACAGCACUGUAAUAAAGCACUGAGUCAUAUUUCUAUAUUAGCUGAUUCUAUUGAAAAAAGAGCUCUUGUGGCUGUGAUUGAAAAAGUCCUAGAAAGAAGCAAAUAAUAUAAUAAUUGGAUUUCUUUUAUUAUUAAGCCACUGACAAUGCAAGAUGAUCUGACUUUUAAUGCAAAGUAACAGGCAUUCUUUGCUGAGAGAAAAAGAGUUCACUACAAUGCCUUACAGACUAUGUAUAAAUAUUUUAGACAUGUUACUGUAAAGUUCUGUGAUGGAAUCAUGGAUUAAAGCCUUGCGGACUAAAUCA